AUGACAAGCACAACUGCUGUGGUCGAGCUCGAGCUCGCGUACACCCGCUCAGUGCGGGCGGCAGAGCCUCCCGAGGGCGGCGGCGAACCGCCACGAUCUUCAUCAUCACGAGCUGCUCCCUCGCCUCUCGACAAGCGCGCCCUGUUCUGCUUGCUCGCACAGCAUCUAUCGAGCACAUGGCAGCAGCGCUCCUACGAGUUCGCCUCGUACCUGUUCCUCAUCCAGCUCUUCCCGUCGACCACCCUUCAGCCGUCCAUCUUCGGCUUUUGCACGACGAGCGCUGCCAUCGUUUUCGCCGGCACGGUCGGGCACCUUGUCGACCUCUUUGAGCGAGUCCGGUUCGUGCGAGGCACCAUCAUCGCACAAAAGGGCACCCUCGCGUGCAGCUACGCCAUCUUUCUUGCAUGCUUCCUCCGCCUGUACGCCGCGGCGCAAGAACGGCGAGAACAGCCGACCUUGGUCGGACUUUUCGUCGUCGUCACCCUCUUCUCGAUGGCGCAGAACCUGGCUACAAUCGGCAUCUCGGUCGCCGUCGAGCGGGACUGGGUCACCUGCAUCGCUCAAGGCGACGGCGCCAAGCUCACGCAGCUCAACACCUACCUGCGCCGUAUCGACCUCCUGUCAAAGCUUCUGGCGCCCUUGUUCGUCUCUCUCUUGACUACUGCGGCGUCGUACACCUUUGCGGCAGCGUUCUUGCUAGGUCUCGCCGUCGGCGCGACCAUUUUCGAGUGGACCUGGAUCAACAUCGUCUAUCGACGCUUCCCGAUGCUGGCAGAGACCAAGCCGACGCCCGAGGCCGCCCCAGCCGUCGACGAGCUCGCCGCAGAUCCACCAGCCGAUCGGCCUUCUCGAGCGCGGCUGCAGGUCAUGAUCGCUCGUCUACCAGGUCGAAUACGGCUGCACGUCGUCGCCGAGGGCCGAAACUGGCUCGCCUUCAUCCGCGCGCCCGUAUUCUUCUCGUCGCUGGCGAUCUCGCUCCUCUACCUUACCGUCCUCUCCUUCGAGGGCUCGAUGCUCGCGUAUCUCAAGAGCCAUCGGUACCCCGACGCGUUCGUCGCCGGCAUGCGCGGCAUCGGCGUCGUGACGGGCCUCGCUGGAACGCUCGUCAUGCCUGUUCUCGAGAAGCGCAUCGGACUUGUACGCGCCGGGACCUGGAGCAUCUUGUCCGAGGUCGUCACCCUCAUUCCCGCCGUCCUCGCGUUUUUCGUCGGUGCACCGCCUGACGGCGAACGAGGGCCCGGCUGGAACGACGCGCUCCUCUUCUCGGGCAUGGCCUUGAGCCGAAUCGGCCUGUGGAGCUUCGACCUGUGCCAGCUCAAGGAGCUCCAGGAGGCGCUCAACGACCACCCGCAGCGCAACAGCAUCAUGGCGCUUCAGUUUUCGCUGCAGAACAUGUUCGACCUCGUCAAGUACGGCGUCACGAUCGUGCUCAACCGGCCGUCACAGUUCAAGUGGGCCGUCGUCAUCUCGUUCGUGUCGGUCGGACUCGGCGCGCUGUCCUAUCUCGUCUACGCACGCAAGGAGCGCGGGCACCUCGUGCACUUGGCAUGGACCGAGGCGCUUCUCAAGAAGGGCCGGUAGAGCAAGAGCGCAGCCUGUAAUAGAUCGCUGCUGUACCACUGUC